GUUGCAGCUUGCAUGUAUAAUGGCAUGCAUGAAGAUCACUGCCUCUUGCUUUCUCUGUAGAUCGCUCGUAGAUCGCUCUCCAGCUCUUCGACUGAGGAAUAAACAUCUGGGAAAAAGGCCCUCCCACUCGGUUCUUUCCUUUCUCCUCUAACCUCGCACACUGGAAGUACGCAGCACGAGCAUCACGCUGACGACAACAUGGUGCGAGCAAAUGCCCUCCAAUUCGAGCUGCUUGACCAGUCCACCCGCUGCGCAGAUGAGAGCCAAAGAGAAUGGUGGCAAAAGACCGGACCUCUACUGGCCAGCUUGAUGAGCUGGGCAGGCUACACGAGCCAGUCCCAGCGUCAGUGUCUGAUCUUCUACCACGCCUGCAUCGUCCCCUAUCUUGGACCGUAUCCCCAGACCUUCCCCAGCGCCAUGACGCACAACGAGCUUCCCCUAGAACUCAGCAUCAACUUCCAACAGCGGGGUGGCGCCAGUCCGGUGAUUCGAGUCGCCGUGGAACCUCUUACCUCUGUUUCUGGCACCAGCCAGGACCCGUACAACCUGAGCCCGAUCCGCGACUUUCUGUCUCGUCUGGAACAGCUCGAUCUGGAGGGAUAUGACAGUCGGGUAUUCGAGCACUUCUACCCCCAGCAUACCCUGAGCGAACGCGAGUGUCGAGACCUGCAGGCGCGAAACGAGGCGAUCCGCGAACUCUCGCAGGUGUCGUUCGGGUUCGACCUCAAGCCCGACGGCAUCGCCGCGAAGGGGUACACGUUUCCGGCCCUGAAAUGCCACGCGGCAGGGACAGAUCUGUGCUCUGUGGUCCUUGGCUCCGUCCGCGCGUAUCUGGGAGCUGCGGACCGGUACAACACGCUGGGUUUGAUGCAGGAGUAUAUCGAAACGACCGACGCAAGGGACAACUUCGGAUUCGUGUUCUCGCAUGACUGCGCGCCGCCAGAGCAGUCCCGCUUCAAGCUGUACGGCCGCACCAAGGACAUCUCCUGGGACAGGGUGCGGGAGAUAUGGACGCUGGGCGGGCGGAUCGACUCGUCCGAGGCCAGCACCGGUCUGGAAUAUCUGCACCAGCUGUGGACGCUGUUGCGGAUGGACGAGCCCCAUCCGCUGGGUCUGCAUCUGGUGUGGAACUACGAAACGAAGGCCGGGUUGACGGCGCCAGCGACUAAGAUCUACUUCCCUUUGUACGGCCUCAAUGACCAGAGCAACGUGCGUGCUGUCGCGCAGUACCUCACGCACAUCGGACUGGAGGAGUAUGGGAAUGCCUACGAGCAGGCUGUCCGAGAUACUUUCCCCGGGUUGGAUAUUCGGCAGACCGAUCGCCUGAUUUGCUGGGUUUCGUUCGCCUAUACGGAGUCGAGGGGGGUGUAUCUGAGUGUUUACUAUCACUCUUCGCUGGAGUAUCCUUGGCUCUCCGACAGCUGA